AAAAAAAAAAACUUGUUGACCUAUAGUGUUUGUAAAACACUGGAUACUGGAGAUAUCUAAGAUUUUUUGGUUCGUACCCACCAAAAACAGAACGAAUACUAAGAGUUUCAUAAUCUAAUAGGUCUAUUACACAUUAUAUUAACGCUAAGAUAACGUAAUUUUAAUCAUAUUUAUUAUAAUAAUUAUAAUCAGGUGUCUAUUCCAGAACCGAAACAUGUUUGCGGAACAACGGAAUUAGCUGAUUUCAAAGAAAGAGAUAUUUUACCACUGUCCAAAGGCCCUGAAGACAAACACAAAUCAGUGAGGAAGUCUUUAUUCUUUGCUGAUUCAACUGUUUAUCAAAGUCCCCCUGAAGGUCCUGAAGAUAAACACAGACCAGUGCAUGCAAAGACAUUUUCCUUUAGUGAUGGGACUGUUCACCAAAGGACCCCUGAAGGCCAUGAAGACAAACACACGCCUGUGUCAAAGACAUUUUCUUCUGUUGAUGCAACUGUUCAACAAAGACUCUUAGAAGAUUUACAUCAUGAUAAAAAAUUCAGUAACAAUGUUCUGGGUCAAGGUGAAGAGAGUUCCAUGUUCAGAGUUCAUGAGUUAUUUAAAAAAGAUGUAUUUUCUGUUAUUCUGUGUUCAGUAUUGUCUCGGCUGUACCAGAUCAAAGACUUUGUGUCAGUCAAUUACCCCAGUGGAAAGAAAUCUGUUCUUGUUACUUCUCCUUCCCAUAAAGUCAUUUGUAAAGCCAUGGUGGACAACAAAAGUGAAAUGGAAAAGACUAUCGUUGAUAUAUUAUGCAAGACAAAUCCAAUGGCUGUAGUUAAAGGUGUAUCAAAACUAAUUGAAGAUGAAUGCACCCAUGUCUGCUAUCGAGGUUCCGCCGCAUGCUUACAAAACAAGAAAUUUGAGCAUUUCCAGAAUUUUAAUUGGAAGACUUUAUAUGAUGAUCUCCUCGAUAGAUGUCCUCAUAUCAUGGCAAUUAUAACAUCAACGGUACAGCGCCAACCUCCAAAUAUUGUUAGCAAACCAUUUUUUCAUGUUAUGUUUUCAAGUGCUACAGUUUUACACGGAAGAAAUCAAGAAAUGUCAGUUCUCCAUUACAUGAUAGCUUUCUUCCUUGCCCGCGGUGGAUGUACUCAGCGAACCAUGGAAUCACUUUGCAAGGCUGGAAUAUGCAUCCAUCCCAAAACACUGCACAACAAACUGGCAGGGUGGAAAGACAAGUUAGAUGAAGAACUCAAGGCUCUAAAGAUCAAAUGGACAGACAAUGAGUCUUCACAUAAAUAUCAGCUUGUUGGUGACAAUUGGGAUAAGGAUAUUCUCCCAUCCUAUCGCACUACAGAUCGGAAAACACAGAGCCUCCACCUAUUCCAAAUGUAUGCCAUUGUUGACAGAUUUUCUCCGACAAGUCCAGUGGGGUCAAAUGGAUUUGAAAAUAACCUAGUAUACAUUCCUUCUGUCCAAGAACAGAAGCAACUACUGAAUGAGCUUACAUUCAUAUUUGCAACAGCCAUCAUCAGAAACAUCCCUGAUGUAUCAAAGUAUUUGGAUAACACAUACCCACAGCAUUUGGACCAUAAACAUAGUAAAUAUGCAGGAAUUAAAACAACACAGUAUCCACUUGGACUCUAUGACACAAAUGAGAACAAGACUGAUGAAGUGAUCCGUCUCCUGAAAACUCUAACUGAUCUAUAUGUCCCAGUAAGGAAUGAAGAGGUCAUUGAUGCGGUUUUCUUUGGAGGUGAUCGUUUGACUGAUGAGCGGGUUCAGUGUGCACAAGUUGCACUUAAAGACCCGCAAACAUCAAAAGGGAGACUGGAGGGAUUUAUUUCCAAAUCUGAAGACUUUCAUCGGCUGAUGAAUUUUCUUGAAGCAAUUUUUAAGUUGACAUACAGUACCGACUUGGCAGGUGACCCUUGCACAGUACACUACUACAGAAACCUUCUUGGUCACAGAAGUGUAAAGGGCAAGGUAAAGAACUCAUAUAGAGCAUACAAGUUGUUGUACUACACAAUUUUAGAUGCCAUAUGUGGAGUGCUGUUCAUGGACAGUCUGGGAUCUGCGGACAUGGACAACCUGCGACUACCAGAUCUUUCCAAGAUGAAACCAGCCGACAGAAUAAAAUUGCUAAAUGACAAGUGUCAAGAGUUGGUCCAUCAAUGGUUUUUCGAAAAUACAGAUGACAUAUGUGAGGAAAUGAGACAAGUUUUGGAGAAUCCUCAGCAUCAGGAGAACUAUUGGACAGCAAAUCACAAUAAUGGUCGAUUCAAGUGUCAUCAUUGUGAUAAAGAUUACAAAAGAGUCAGUUCUUUAAAAUCACACGAAUCUCAAAAACACGGAGUGUCACUGACCAGACAGAAGAAAGGGGAAACAAAGAAAGAUGAGUUACAAGAUUAUUUACUGAUGCUCUUUAAACUGGUGAUGCUUCAUAGAAAUUUUGACAGUGGUGUAGACAUGGGGGAUGGUGGGAGGUGUGUGCGUUCUGCAAAAUAUGAGCUGCCAACUUACCACAAAACACAUAAAGUUAAAUAUGCCAUUAGCUCUAUCCAUACAACAGCAAUGGCAUCCGGUCUACUCAGUCCAGAUCAGGAAGAGAGGUUCAUUGCUAACCGGUUUGUAAACCUUCAAGGUGGCAAAAACAACAACAUUGCCCUUGAUGAGUAUAUUGAAAUGCUCAACCGGGACAGCAAGGCAUCAUGCACUGGUCACAAGACCAAGGAAAGUAUUUUGAAACACUCAAGAGAGUUUCCUUUGCUAGUACAGUUGACCAAUCAGUUUGAAGAAGAGAGUCAAUUUGGACACAGGCAAGGCUUCCAUCACCUGCCAUCUUAUUCCAAUGAUGUUAAGAAGGUUGUUGAGGACUUGGUGUCUCAUAAUGUUUUGGUGAGGGAUAAUAGUAGGAAGCUUAGUAAGAAGCUGCCAGGUUUAGAUAGAAACCCAUUUCUACAUUGUUCUCGGGACCUUUCAACAAUGCUUCAUCGACACAGACCGUGGUCUCCUUUUGGACGCCUGAGAGACAGUAAAUUUUAAGUAUGGUUUUAACUAGCCUCUAAAGUGUUUAAGUUACCUUUUAGAUAAACUUGUGUGCAUUAUGAUUCACUUAUUCAUGAAGUUUAACAAGAAUAGAGGCAGUACAUCAGACAAAGGUCUAAUCUUUACUAAUACUAUAUCCAUUUUAAACACAUGGUUCAUGACAUUUAUGUGAUAUUUUAAUUGUGAAUCUUGGAUUUAUGUCCAUGUAAUUUUACUAUCAUUGGUAUUUUGAAACUGGAUUUAGUGACAGAUAUACAUGUAUCACAUUCUAUCACAAUAGAUUAAAUCUUUGAGUGUGUCCAUUGUUGGUAAGUCCUGCACGUGUGUGGUACAAAAAGGAAAAUCUAAAGCUCAGGAUCUUUCAACUCUACCAACUCUAGCAAAUCAUCAUCAUCAAAAUACAUGUAUGAUAUAUCUUCAGCAUCGGACUCAUCUGAAUGACCAUCAUCUACAAUGUUGCCUGAAAACAACAUCUCCAAUUGGAGUAAAGUACAACUAUCACAUUGACAGCUGUCCUGACACACAUCACAGCAAGAACAGUCACGGGCACUAGAAUUGGCGGCUUCUUUUUCAAGUUCAUUUUCCCGAAGAAAUGACUCUAACAUUUGAAUUCGUCUACAUUUUUUAUUUCGAUAAAGUCUUUUAAUGUCAGAGUCACAUUGACCAAGUUGAUGUGGGUUAUAGAGCAAUAAAGCAACAGCCUUUUCACCAUCGCUUCCUGUGCGUCCAGUUUCCUGAAGUAAAUCAAUCAUGGAAUGUGGAGGACCAAAUAAGAUAACACUGGACAGGCCCUUGAAGUCAACCCCCUUACCCAGAGCAUUUGUAGAAACCAUGAUCCUCAAUGGACUCUGCUGCUCUCUU